GCUAGGAGCGUUGUGGGAAAGGAGUGACGUUUCAUGACUCACAACAAGAACAUUGAGUCAGUCAUGGAUCUGCACACAAAGCAGAGACAAUUUUCUGGCCAACUAUACAAGUACACCAACGUAGUGAAAGGAUGGCAGUAUCGCUACUUUUUCGUAGACUCAAAUGCAGGCCUUUUACACUAUUAUUUGUGCGAAGGCGAGAAACCCGAAGGUACAGUGCCUAGGGCUUCUUUUCAUUUGGCUGGUGCUGUUAUUUGUCCAAGUGAGGAAGAUUCAAAAACCUUCACUGUGAAUUGUGCUUCAGGUGAUAUGUUAAAACUAAGAGCAGUAGAUGCCAAAGCUAGACAGGAAUGGGUGAACGGGUUAAGAGCAGUAGCAGAGUCACAUACAAAGGCCAUCUCAGCAAAUAGUCCACCACUUCCACCCAAAGAACACCUAGCAGUCUUGGACGCGCUCGGUUGUGUCCGUUCCCAACUCCAUCAAACUGAACAAUCAGACUCGGCACUUUGUCGCAGCAUAGAAUCAGCCGGAAGCAAAUUUUUCAUAGACCCGAACCUGCUUUUGCUCAAAGCAACGUCGGCCGCCAGUCUACAUUGUUUAAACCAAUGCCUGAACAUUUUGCAAAGGAACCAACACGCCCAACAGAGCAGGACAGGGUUGGUGAUAGAUGACGAUUAAUAUUUUGGGGAAAUUGGGAGAAAUUGUUUUCGGUAUUUGAGGAGUUGCGUGGGGUUAUUGGGGGAGUGUCUCAACGGGCCUGUAGGCCGACACCAUCAUAUCAGAUAUUAGGAUAGAUGUAGAAUAAUUCGAUGUCUGACAAAUUGGGUGCAUAGUUGCUUGACUUAUUUUAAUGGCAUAAUAUUACAUGAUAGUUGCUUUUCCAGGUAUUACAGGGUCUAAAUUAUUAUCCGAAAGUAUUAAAAAAAUGUAUCUUACUAUUAAAACUUAAUUUUUAAGUUUUUUAAUCUUUACUUUAGGAAGAAUAGGAUGUUGUCAAAGUUUUCCCAUAUGAAAUUGAGUCUGAAGAAAUGGAACACCCUGUGAACUUCCAUUGCAUUUUUAAGCAGCUCUUUUUACAAUAUAUACCCCUUUUUUUUGUCUGGAUUUAUUGUGAAUAUGUUAUACUUUUUUUUGUACAAAGAUUCGUUAGUUGAUAUUAAUAGAAGUGUAAAUAAUAAUAAUUAUAUAACAAUGA